AUAACGAAAUGGAAUUCAAAUAAUUGAACCGAAGAAGGUCAAUUAGUUGUUUAAAAAACGAAAAAUAACUCCGGUAAUAGCUCAGCACUACCAGCUAGACUAGAGGGCCUGCGGCAGGGUCAUGAUGUAUUCAAUUCUUCCCUCAGUGAACUCCGUGGCCAAUCAAUGACCAUCAAUUGAUCAAAUAACAAGUAGAAGAUAAAUACAUGUUUGCCACAGUAGCUUAUCUUAAGUGCAGUGGCCCCUAUCAAAAUUUUCACUUUUAUUUCCACCUAAAUCAACAAUAAAUCCACCGUAAAGGCUAUGCACCUUUAAAUAUAGCGGAGGCGUUUUAGUGGAAGUGUUUUAGCUAGUAGCGGAUUGGACAAACGGCUUCUGUCCCCUCCAUAAGUCGCUAUAGUGGCGGGAGAUGUCAUGUGCGCUGUCUAUAGGUAAACAAACAACUUGAUCGGAGUAUUGCGUGAACAACAAUAGUGAACAUUGUUGUUGAUUGUGGAUAAUAUAUCCACUAGUAGCUAGUUUAACUUGCCAACUAUACGGACCAAAGCGGGGAGAGAAUUUGUUAUUAUGAGCAGGCUUCGAUCAGCGAUGCAGAAGAGGAAGAGAGUUGCGCUGGACAAAACCGAGUCGUCGUCAGCAAAACCAUUGGGGAAAAGAGCGAAUGCAACUGUGAAACAAGAGCCCGAUGAGACUGCAGCGUCUACAUACCAUUCAUUCCAUGAUCCUGCUGACAUUACACUCUUUAGGACACGCAUCCUUUACUGGUAUGACCAGGGGAAGAGAGAGUUACCCUGGAGAACUGUGGCUCUGACAGAACCGGACAUCAACAUCAGGACAUAUGCAGUUUGGGUCUCAGAAAUCAUGCUACAGCAGACCCAGGUUGCCACUGUGAUCGACUACUACAAUAAGUGGAUGAAGCGGUGGCCAACAGUACAGGGUCUUGCAGCGGCUACGUUGGAGGAAGUCAAUCAGAUGUGGGCUGGGCUUGGGUACUACUCCCGGGGAAAGAGACUUCAGGAAGGAGCUCAGAAGGUGGUAGCAGAGCUGGGGGGAGAGAUGCCCAGGACGGUUGAGGCUCUGCUGAAGCAGCUGCCUGGAGUGGGCCGCUACACCGCCGCAGCUGUGGGCUCCAUCGCGCUGGGCCAGGUGACGGGAGCUGUUGAUGGGAAUGUGAUCCGGGUCCUGUGUCGGGUGCGGGCUAUAGGGGCCGACAGUACAAGCCCAGCAGUGACUGAAGCUCUAUGGAGUACCGCCAACACGUUGGUGUCCCAAGAGAGACCAGGGGACUUUAACCAGGCCAUGAUGGAGCUGGGGGCGAGGGUGUGCACCCCUAAAGGCCCCCAGUGCCACCAGUGUCCCAUACAGACUCUCUGCCACUCCUACAGGAAGGUUAGCGUCAAACGAGAGGAGAACUCAACAAAGCUUCUGGGUAAAUUGAACAGGGUACCUGCAUCUCUGCCAGAUGUAGAGGAUUGUGUGACCUCAGGAACAUGUAACCUGUGCCCCACGGAACCCUGGGACAGCCAACUGGGCGUUCUGAACUUCCCCAGGAAGCCGGUGAAGAAAGCUCCUCGUGUGGAGCGCACACUCACCUGUGUGGCGUCCCGACCAGGAGCAGGAGGAGAUGUCGAGUACCUGCUCACCCAAAGGCCGAGCAAAGGACUUUUGGCUGGUAUGUGGGAGUUCCCUAGCCUGCUCCUGGAGGGGGAGAAUUCUGAGAUGAAACAGAGGGGGGCGCUGUGUGCUGGGGUGGAGAGAUUGUUGGGAGUUCGGCUGGACAACGGGCUGCUCCAGUAUGUGGGGGAGGUGGUUCAUAUCUUCUCCCACAUCCACCAGACAUAUGUUGUGUACAGCCUGUGUUUGAAUGUCUCUGGAGAGGGAGGGAAAGCCCAGAGUACUACACGCUGGCUCACUAGACCUUCCCUGCAGGAAGCUGCUGUAUCCACUGGAGUGAAGAAGAACAGCCUCAAUUCAUCGCGUCAUGGACUCUACAAGGUGUCAAAAGUGUUCCACAGGGAUGCUGGCCCAUGUUGACUUUAAAUGAUUCCCACAGUUGUGUCAAGUUGGCUGGAUGUCCUUUGGGUGGUGGACCAUUUCUUGAUACACAUGGGAUACUGUUGUGGGAAAGACCCAGCAGCGUUGCAGUUCUUGACACAAACCAGUUCCCCCUCUGAAUGGCACACAUACACAAUCCAUGUCUCUAUUGCCUCAAGACUUAAACAUACUUUUACCUGUCUCCUCCCCCACCUCCACUGAUUUUGAAGUGGAUUUAACAAGUGACAUUAAUAAGGGAUCACCUGGAUUCACCUGCUCAGUCUUUCAUGGAAAGAGCAUGUUCAUAAUGUUUUGUACACUAUUAUUUUUAUUAUGACAUAGUAGUACAAAAUAAAAACAUUUUAAAUAAAUAAAACCAUUUUAAUUUCAAAUUAAUAAAAUUGUCAGACUUCAGUCACUGAUUUCUUUGCUCCCACACGGCAAGCGAUACCCGGAGCUCCAAGUCUAGGACCAAAAGGCUCCGCAACAGCUUCUACC